AUGUCGAACCCUACCCCAGCCCAGGAAGAAUUCAACGCUCUGCUAGCAGCAAACUCCCGUGACGACAGCAAAGUACAUCCCGAAGACCGAGAUCACGACCGUCGCGAACAAGACAGCCUUGACCUCGACGAGGAAGAGAGAUAUCGCAACUCCCAGAUCGACGCCGCCAUGCGUAUGCCAUCUCUUGGUCAGACCGGCUCCGACCUGAAGCUGCCCCCAGCUAGCUUCGAUGCAGGUCGUACCACUGGUGUCAAGGGCGUCAUCGCCGAUGCCCGCAACUAUGAGAACGCUCGCAAAACCUCCUUCAUGAGCCGCGCGCGCACCACAGUGAGGCGCUCCAUCUUUGGCCUCGACAACAUCAGCUCGCAGCCGCCACCAUCACACAAGAGCGAAAGCGAGACGGACGAGGGAAACGGCAGCGACUCUGACGACAGCUUCAUGCAGCAAUGGCGCGAGAGCCGCCGAAGAGAACUCGAGAGCGACUCUAACAAGGUCAUCCGGAACCGGAGAACAAGUCCUAGUGUGCGAAUUUACGGACGUCUGGAUGAGGUGGACGCCUUGGGCUACCUUGAUGCCAUCGAGAAGGUUGCGCGGGACACUGUUGUUGUCGUCUUUGUCUAUGACCCAGAGUGUGACGUUUCGGCGACAAUAGAGCAUGCCAUGAUGCCUCUUGUUUCGCAGCACUCAACAAUACACUUUGUCAAGGUACACUACCUUGACAUUGAGUUCGACAAUGCCGCCGUGCCUGCAAUUCUGGCGUACCGCAACCAGGGUGACAUGAUCGCCAACCUCACAGGCAUCAUUGAGAUGAUUCCCGACGAUGAGAUGUUUGGUACCGACACGUUGGCACGGCUUUUCCAGAAGCACGACAUUUUAUGA